AAGUCCGAGGGUUCGGGGUCCAGUAGGGCUUUGCUGCUGAAACCCGGCGGAGACACACCCGAGCGUUCAGGCCUCCUCCCGUUCAGUGGACGCCGGGCACGUGGGGAGGUCCAGCAGCUGUUUGACCGGGGCUCGUCAUUGCGUCACGCAGCCUCUGCGCCGCGAUUGGUCCGCGCUUGUGCAAUUGUGCCGUUGUAUAAACUCAGCAGUUUGAAGGAGUUGGCAGACUGUGCCGCAAGGAGCGCAUCCCGGCCACAGGAGGGGACGGAAGGAAGGCAGACGGGCGAGCAGAGAGACAGGCAGGCAGACAGACAGACAGGCAGACAGGCAGCAAACGCGCUCCACCUCGUUCGGCACACUCGACUCGCGAACUUGCUCGGAGAUGCAGAGCUGCGCGCGCUCCUGGGGGGUCCUCCUCAAGUCGCUGCAUCCCGGCGCACCGCUCCGGCGUCUGAGCGACAGCAGCCGCGUGCUCUGGAAACUUGAGCGCAGGGUCCGCGGCUGCGGGGCAUCCGUGAGCACGGCAGCACGCGCUCUGAGGACGUCCGCAGCCGCCGCCUCCAGGCAGAUAGAGCGACUGCUGCCCAGACACGAUGAUUUCGCGGAGCGGCACAUUGGUCCAGGUGAGCGGGAGAAGAGGGAAAUGCUGGAUGCUCUGGGACUCGAGUCGAUCGACCAGUUGAUUGAGAACACAGUUCCAGUCUCCAUCCGUAUGCAGCGGAGUAUGAAAAUGGACGAUCCAGUGUGCGAGAACGAGGUUCUGGAUUCUCUGCACAAGAUCGCCUCCCAGAACAAAGUGUGGCGCUCCUACAUCGGCAUGGGCUACUACAACUGCUCGGUGCCGCCGCCCAUCCAGCGCAACCUCCUGGAGAACGCCGGCUGGGUGACCCAGUACACGCCCUACCAGCCCGAGGUGUCGCAGGGCCGCCUGGAGUCGCUGCUCAACUACCAGACCAUGAUCUGUGACGUCACCGGCAUGCCCGUGGCCAACGCCUCGCUGCUGGACGAGGGCACGGCCGCCGCCGAGGCCAUGCAGCUGAGCCACCGACAAAACAAAAGGAGAACUUUCUACAUUGACCCACGCUGCCACCCGCAGACCAUCGCUGUGGUGCAGACCAGAGCCAACUACAUUGGAGUCCAGACGGUUCUGAAGCUGCCUCAUGAGAUGGACUUCAGCGGGAAGGACGUGUGCGGGGUCCUUUUCCAGUAUCCGGACACCGACGGCAGAGUGGAAGACUUCUCCGCUCUGGUGGACCGCGCUCACAAAGGAGGGGCGCUGGCCUGCUGCGCCACGGACCUGCUGGCCCUCUGCGUGCUGCGUCCUCCUGGCGAGUUCGGCGUGGACAUCGCGCUGGGCAGCUCCCAGAGGUUCGGGGUUCCUCUGUGCUACGGCGGCCCCCACGCCGCCUUCUUCGCCGUCAAGGACAACCUGGUCCGCAUGAUGCCCGGAAGGAUGGUCGGCGUCACCAGGGACGCGGCUGGUAAGGAGGUGUAUCGCCUGGCUCUGCAGACCAGAGAGCAGCACAUCCGCAGGGACAAGGCGACCAGCAACAUCUGCACCGCGCAGGCUCUGCUGGCCAACAUGGCUGCCAUGUACGCACUGUACCACGGGCCUCAAGGACUCAAACACAUCGCGGAGCGGACGCACAACGCUGCCCUGAUCCUCGCUGAAGGCCUGAAAAGAGCAGGACACCGGCUGCUCAGCGAGAUGUUCUUCGAUACGCUGAAGAUCAACUGCAGCGUCGCGGCUAAAGACAUCUUGGAGCGAGCGGUGCAGCGGCAGAUCAACCUGAGAGUCUUCUCUGAGGGAGUGCUGGGCGUUUCUCUGGACGAGACGGUGACGGAGAGGGACCUGGACGACCUGCUGUGGGUCUUUGGCUGUGAAUCCUCAGCUGAGCUCAUUGCUGAGAAGAUGGGUGAGCGGGUGAAGGGAAUCCUGGGAAGUCCUUUCAAGAGGACGAGCAAGUUCCUCACACACCAGGUGUUUAACAGUUAUCACUCUGAAACCAACAUUGUUCGGUACAUGAAGCGUCUGGAGAACAAGGACAUCUCCCUGGUGCACAGCAUGAUACCACUGGGCUCCUGCACCAUGAAGCUCAACAGUUCCUCCGAGCUCAUGCCCAUCACCUGGAGGGAGUUCGCCCACAUCCACCCCUUCGUGCCUCUGGAUCAGGCUGAGGGCUACCAGAAGCUGUUCAAGCAGCUGGAGAAGGACCUCUGUGAGGUGACGGGCUACGACAAGAUCUCCUUCCAACCAAACAGCGGUGCUCAGGGAGAAUAUGCCGGCCUGGCUGCUAUAAAAGCCUACCUGAACUCGAAGGGAGAGAGCUCGAGAAGCGUGUGUCUGAUCCCAAAGUCGGCCCACGGCACCAACCCGGCGAGUGCUCAGAUGGCUGGCAUGAAGGUUCAGGUGGUGGAGGUGGACAAAGACGGCAACAUCGACCUGGCCCAUCUCAAAGCCCUGGUGGAUAAGCACAAGGCGAGCCUGGCGGCCAUGAUGAUCACCUACCCCUCCACCUUUGGCGUGUUUGAGGAGCACAUCAGAGACGUGUGCGAUCUGAUUCACGAGAACGGCGGCCAGGUGUAUCUGGAUGGCGCCAACAUGAACGCACAGGUGGGUCUGUGUCGUCCUGGUGAUUAUGGCUCUGAUGUGUCUCACCUCAACCUGCACAAGACCUUCUGCAUCCCUCAUGGAGGCGGAGGACCCGGCAUGGGACCCAUCGGAGUGAAGGCCCACCUGGCCCCGUUCCUGCCGAGCCACCCUGUGGUUUCCAUGCAGUCGGUCAACAGCAGCAGCUCGCUGGGCACAAUCAGCGCCGCCCCCUGGGGCUCCAGUGCCAUCCUGCCCAUCUCCUGGGCCUACAUCAAGAUGAUGGGAUCCAAGGGACUGCUGCAUGCGACAGAGGUGGCCAUCCUCAACGCUAACUACAUGGCCAAGAGGCUGGAAGGUCACUAUAAAGUCCUCUACAGAGGCAGGAAAGGUUUUGUGGCUCACGAGUUCAUUCUGGAUGUGAGGCCAUUCAAGAAGACAGCAAAUAUUGAGGCUGUCGACAUAGCAAAGAGGCUGCAGGAUUAUGGCUUCCAUGCGCCCACCAUGUCCUGGCCAGUGGCUGGAACCCUUAUGAUCGAGCCGACUGAGUCGGAGGACAAGGCUGAGAUGGACAGAUUCUGCGACGCUCUGCUCGGCAUCCGGCAGGAGGUCGCGGACAUCGAAGAGGGAAGGGUGGACUCCCGCAUCAACCCACUCAAAAUGGCGCCCCACUCGUUGGCCUGCAUCUCCUCCUCCAACUGGGACAGGCCUUACUCCAGGGAGUUGGCUGCUUUCCCCUUGCCCUUCAUCAGGCCCGAGACCAAAUUCUGGCCGAGCAUCUCCAGGAUCGAUGACAUUUACGGCGACCAGAACCUCAUGUGCACCUGCCCGCCCAUGGAGGUCUAUGAGUCCCGGUACGAGGAGAAAAGAGCCUCCUCGUAGAUGCUCUGCUUCCAGUCCCAGUGUCUGCCCUAAGCACUUAAACAGACGUAACGUGAGGAAGGUUGACGACGGAGUAUCUACCUUGUAAUAUUGGGUUAACUGGAACGAAGGGAUUUCUGUUGCCAGUCCAGCACUCAUUCCAGUUUGGCUGUUAGACUUUAGGUUAGAAACAAAAUACAGUCUGACUCUGCAUCGGAAUUCCCAAUACUCUAAUGGACUAAAGGUGCAAGUAGCUUUUUCUAAGUCUGCAAAGUAAUUGCGACCUUUUAGAGGCUGUCUCUGCAACGCUGUACUCUGACCUUGGGUUAAUUACAACCCCAAACAUCUCGAAAAAUGCACUUGGUGCUUCUGUUGUGUAAAAUAGCUGCCUUGACUUUCUCUCCUUUUUUUUUUUUUUUUUGUUCAAACACUUGAUAAAGUUUUCUAUUAGGCUUUUGUUAAUAUGCUUCUAUUGUAUGUUUUAAUGUACGUUGUUAUUUCUUGGCCACAUAGAAAAUAAUCUGUUAAUGUAAUUAUUUUCUAAUUCAAACCAUCUCUAGAAAAAUCUGUAUUAAAUAUUUUGGCUUAAAAUUUGA